AUGGCGAGAAAAUAUCCUGUAAAAUUCAAAAACAAUAACCGUAAUUUCAGAAACAAUAACCACAAUUUCAUAAACAAUAAUAAUAAAGUUGGAUUUAAUAAUCGAGCUGGUUUUAAUAACGGAGCUGGUUUUAAUAAUAAUGAAGCUGGUUUUAAUAACGGAGUCGGAUUAAGAAACGAUAACAACGUAUUAAAACGGUUGCGUAUUAAACUUAUGGAAUCACGGCAACCAGUUUAUGCUGGCCCGUUCAUCACCUAUCUUACGGAUAUCGAACCAUUCGCCGAGAUAGACGAGCAAAAUGAUGCUUUCUUAUAUUUGUGUGGCAUUCUUCAAAGGGUGGGUGAAUGUGUCAAUGAGAACAUGAUCGCACAAAAUAUGCAUAAUGAUUUCUGGACAACUCUACAAAAGAAGAUAACUUGUCAAAGUUGUAAGAGCGAGACUUUGUCGAUAGAAGGGGUUGCUACGAUCUCUACAGCAAUGAAAAAUUCAAUAGAAGAGUGUUUGGAGGAGUAUUGCGGAACCGCCGCAUUACCUGGUUUCAAGUGUUCGUGCAACAAGUUCACUUGCAACCAAGAACUUACAAUAAAAGAAGAGCCAAAUACCCUUAUAAUACAAUUGAAAAGGUUCGGCUUCUCCAGCUCCACGAACCAAGGAUACAAGAUUUCAAAACGUGUGGAAUUUGGAGAGGUGCUAGACAUUUCGAAAUAUAUUUUGAGGGGUAAAAAUGUUCGUUAUAAUCUUAGCGCUGUCUUGGUUCAUGAAGGUGGUACCCUUCGUAAAGGACAUUAUUAUUCAUAUAUCAAAAAUAGAAACAAUGAAUGGUAUUUAUAUAAUGAUAGAUAUGUUCAACGAGUUCCAAUCAAUUCUGUACUCGAGUGUAAGCCCUACGUCCUAUUUUACACAAAAAUAACACCUACAUUCCCCGCAUCUACACCAUCAUCAACGUCUAAAAUUAAUGAUAAACGUGAUAGAGACGAAAAGACUAACCUUUAUGAGUCUAACGAAAGGAUUAAAACCAAAUCAACAUCAUCAACAUCUAGCACUAACGAUAAACGUGAUAAAGACGAAAAGAUUGACCUUUAUGAGUCUAACGAAAGGAUUAAAACCAAAUCACCACCACCAACGUCUAAAAUUAACGAUAAACAUGAUAAAGACGAAAAGACUGGCCUUUAUGAGUCUAACGAGAUUAUUAAAACCAAAUCACCAUCACCAACGUCUAAAAUCAACGAUAAACGUGACAAAUAUGAAAAGACAACCCUUUAUGAGUCUAAUGAAAGGAUUAAAACCAAAUCACCACCACCAACGUCUAAAAUUAACAAUAAGCAUGAUAAAGACGAAAAGACUGACCUUUAUGAGUCUAACGAGACUAUUAAAACCAAAUCACCAUCAUCAACGUCUAAAAUUAACGAUAAACGUGACAAAUAUGAAAAGACAACCCUUUAUGAUUCUAACGAGAUGAUUAAAACCAAACCACCAUCAUCAGCGUCUAAAAUUAACGAUAAACGUGAUAAAUACGAAAAGACAAACCUUUAUGAUUCUAACAAGAUGAUUAAAACCAAAUCACCAUCAUCAACGUCUAAAAUUAACGACAAGCGUGAUAGAAACGAAAAGGCAAAUUUUUACGAGUCUAACGAGAGGAUUAACGAUAAACGUGAUAAAUAUGAAAAGACAAAUUUUUACGAGUCUAACAAGAGGAUUAAAACCAAAUCACCCUCAUCAACGUUUAACAAUAACGGUAAACGUGAUAGAGACGAAAAGACUGCCCUUUAUGAGUCUAACAAGAGGAUUAAAACCAAAUCACCACCACCAACGUCUAACAAUUAUGAUAAACGUGAUAGAGACGAAAAGACUGACCUUUAUGAGUCUAACGAGAGGGUUAAAACCAAAUCACCACCAUCAACGUCUAAAAUCAACGAUAAACGUGAUAAAUAUGAAAAGACAAACUUUUAUGAGUCUAACAAGAGAAUUAAAACUAAAUCAACGUUUAACAAUAACGGUAAACGUGAUAGAGACGAAAAGACUGACCUUUAUGAGUUUUACAAGAUGAUUAAAACCAAAUCACCAUCAUCAACGUCUAACAAUUAUGAUAAACCCCUUUACAAGUCUAAUGAGAAGAUUAAAACCAAGUCACCAUCAUCAACGUCUAACAAUAACGGUAAACGUGAUAGAUAUGAAACGACAGACCUUUACGGCAAACGUGCUAGAGACCAUUACGAGACUGGCCUUUAUGAGUCUAACGAGAUUAUUAAAACCAAAUCACCAUCACCAACGUCUAAAAUCAACGAUAAACGUGACAAAUAUGAAAAGACAACCCUUUAUGAGUCUAAUGAAAGGAUUAAAACCAAAUCACCACCACCAACGUCUAAAAUUAACAAUAAGCAUGAUAAAGACGAAAAGACUGACCUUUAUGAGUCUAACGAGACUAUUAAAACCAAAUCACCAUCAUCAACGUCUAAAAUUAACGAUAAACGUGACAAAUAUGAAAAGACAACCCUUUAUGAUUCUAACGAGAUGAUUAAAACCAAACCACCAUCAUCAGCGUCUAAAAUUAACGAUAAACGUGAUAAAUAUGAAAAGACAAACCUUUAUGAUUCUAACAAGAUGAUUAAAACCAAAUCACCAUCAUCAACGUCUAAAAUUAACGACAAGCGUGAUAGAAACGAAAAGGCAAAUUUUUACGAGUCUAACGAGAGGAUUAACGAUAAACGUGAUAAAUAUGAAAAGACAAAUUUUUACGAGUCUAACAAGAGGAUUAAAACCAAAUCACCCUCAUCAACGUUUAACAAUAACGGUAAACGUGAUAGAGACGAAAAGACUGCCCUUUAUGAGUCUAACAAGAGGAUUAAAACCAAAUCACCACCACCAACGUCUAACAAUUAUGAUAAACGUGAUAGAGACGAAAAGACUGACCUUUAUGAGUCUAACGAGAGGGUUAAAACCAAAUCACCACCAUCAACGUCUAAAAUCAACGAUAAACGUGAUAAAUAUGAAAAGACAAACUUUUAUGAGUCUAACAAGAGAAUUAAAACUAAAUCAACGUUUAACAAUAACGGUAAACGUGAUAGAGACGAAAAGACUGACCUUUAUGAGUUUUACAAGAUGAUUAAAACCAAAUCACCAUCAUCAACGUCUAACAAUUAUGAUAAACGUGAUAGAUAUGCAAAGACAAAUUUUUACGAAUCUAAUGAGAAGAUUAAAACCAAAUCACCAUCAUCAACGUCUAAACGAUAA